AUGGAUUUCCUUUUUCUUAUAAUUCUAGCCCUGAAUACACUUGAUCAAGUAGGGUGUUACACAUCAAGCUAUACAACUUUCAAUAAUUCGGUUGGAGAUGAUUUCAUCACGCCGAAUGAUAACUCUGUCAUACUUAAAAAUGCUAUACAAGUUACCAGGGAUGUUAGUGGCUCUGUCUUCAACCUCUCGGGGAAGGUCUUAUACAAACGACCGUUUGAUUUAUGGAGCAAAAGUGGAAGAAUUGCAUCUUUCAACUCAACAUUUGUUGUCAACAUCGAAACAAGAAACGACAUUGGCCUUACAGGCCAACAUGGUGGUGAAGGGCUAGCAUUCAUCUUAGCCAAAGACGCGGAACUCCCAACCAACAGUGAGGGCCAGUGGCUAGGAAUUGUCAAUGCAAGUACGAAUGGAUCAUUCCAGAGCAACAUUGUUGCUAUCGAGUUAGACACGAAAAAGAGCUUUGCUGAAGAUUUGGAUGAUAACCAUGUUGGUUUGGACAUUAACAGUGUAUAUUCUAAGUCACAAGUUUCACUCAGCAGGUUGGGUAUCAGAAUUUCUGAAGGUAAGGAUAUUACAGUUAGGAUCAACUAUGAUGGUGUAACGAAAGUGAUGAAAGUGUCUGUCAAGGCGGAAAAUCAAACUGAGUUUUCUCGAAUAAUGAGUGUGCCUAUUGAUCUUGCCCUGCAUCUUUCUAGAACAGUUUAUGUCGGAUUUUUAGGUUCAACAGGUACAGGUUCUGAGAACAAUUGUGUAAAAUCAUGGUUUUUCAAUGCAGAUGAUAUAGACCGAACAAAGCGGUUGUGGGUAUGGAUUGUGAUUCCUGUCAUUAUUGUGGUGCUCUUAUUAUGCAGUACUGUAGGUUGGUGUCUGUACGUGACACAGAGAAGAAAAGAGAAUCAAGCGAGGGAUGAUGAUGAUCUCGAUAUGCAGAACAUUGAGACGGGUUUAGGUCCGAAGAAAUUCAGACUGAAGGAACUCAAGGGUGCUACUGGUAAUUUCAGUCCGAAGAAUGAGCUUGGAAGAGGAGGAUUUGGGAUAGUUUACAAGGGUAUGUUGGAUAUAAAGGAUGUGGCGGUUAAAAGAAUCAUCAAUACUAGUCAAGGGAAGCAAAAUCUGAUAGCAGAAGUCACAACAAUUGGCAGUCUUCAUCAUAAGAAUCUAGUAGAGUUGAUAGGGUGGUGUUAUGAGAAAAACGAGUUCUUGUUAGUGUAUGAGUAUAUGCCUAAUGGAAGCCUAGAUCAAUUCAUACGUUCUGACGAUGAAAAUAUGAUCUUAGGUUGGGAGAUAAGGCAUAAUAUCAUUUGUGGUGUGGCGCUAUCUUUGGAUUAUCUUCAUCAUGAGUGCUCAAAGAGGGUUCUACACCGAGACAUAAAGUCUAGCAACAUAAUGCUGGAUUCAGAAUUCAAUGCUCGAUUAGGAGAUUUUGGCCUUGCUCGGACCUUCAAAUUAAGUGAAAAAACUCACCAUACUAGCAAGGAUAUCUCAGGAACACCAGGCUAUAUGGCUCCUGAAAUUUUUCUGACAGGAAGAUCAACAACUGAGACUGAUGUUUACGCCUUUGGUGUUGUGAUGCUGGAGGUAGUUUGUGGAAGAAGGUUGGAUAUUCUAACAAAAGACGAUGAAAUUAGAGUAAAUAUCAUUGAUUGGGUUUGGGAAUUUCACAAACAUGGAGUCCUUACUGAUGCUAUUGAUCCCAAGUUGAAGGGCCAAUUCGACAAGAUACAAGCUGAGUGCAUGCUCGCCUUGGGGUUGGCUUGCUGCCACCCAAACCCGUAUAUAAGGCCAUCCAUGAGAAUUACAUUACAGGUCUUCUGGGGAGAAGUAGCUCCCCCUGAUGUCCCCUUGGAGAAGCCUGCCUUUAUGUGGCCAGCUAAUGCACUCUGUAGUUACCGAGAAAAUGAUCUUUGUUUUACUGGUGGCAUAAUGAGCACAUAAUCACGAGUGAACUGGAAAAUAUAAUAUCUUUAAAUUCUGUUUCUUUGUAUUAAUUUAGCUGUAAGCUCAUUUGUAUUUUGCCUUGGAAAGUAGUUGUAUCCUUAUAUCCUACAUGUUCUUAAAUCUCCUAGAAGAUA